AUGCGGUUACAAUCUGGUGCAAGUACUUCUACUUCUGAUAACAUUAGGAGCUUUUCAGAAUGGACUUUAAAUAUUGGGGAUGGGACCAUGUGUGAGUCGAAUGAUGGUUAUGCUGAUAUUUGCAUUCCAGAUGAGUUUUUAAUUUCAAACUUUUUAGAUCCCAUUAAGGCAAUUGUGGAGGAUACCUACCCUGAUCUUAUUCAUAACUAUCUUGAUUCGGACUAUUUCCAAAGUCGUGCAAUCUUAGCUUCCACAAUUGAAGUAGUUGAUGAUAUCAACAAAUAUAUCAUAAACCUUCUUCCAGGAGAAGACAAAGAAUACUUCAGUAGCGAUUCUAUAGAUAAAUCUGAUGCUACUAACUUUGAUGCAUAUGAGCAUGUCACACCUGAAUUCCUUAAUGCUCUCAAAAAUUCUGGAUUGCCUAAUCAUUCAAUUAGGUUGAAAGUUAAUCCCAUUGUUGAUUAUGUUCAUAAUCAAGGAGAUGUUGCUUUUAAACGAUAUACUUCUAAGUUUGACAAAGUUGAUCUAGAUAAGAUUGUUGAACUUGUCUCUGAUCUCCCAGACCCCGUGCUUGAUCUAUCUAUUAAGGAAGCUUUCAAUGUCGCAUACAGCAAUAUUUAA